AUGGUCGACAGACCCGAUGGAAUCUUCCUUUUCCGGCUCCACAAGGAACGCGUCUUCUACAUGAGCGAACGUGUGCUCAAGCAUUCUGGGCACAUUCCCAAGAAGGAGCUCCUGAGCGCGGGGGUAUGCAUCGGCAAGUUCACCCAUAGCCGGAAGUUCCGUCUCUUGAUCACGGCGUUGGACUAUCUUGCGAGAUUGGCCCAGUACCGUGUUUGGCUGAAGCCUUCUGGCGAACAGCACUUUGUAUAUGGAAACCAUGUCGUAAAGGCUGGGAUUGCAUGGGCGGAGGAGACCUGA